AUGGAUCCCUUAACAACAGGAAGUCCCUUCGAUAUCCCAGAACUUAGACACCAACUCAGCCGAUUUGUCUCUGUCAGGACUGCAUGGUCCUGCGUCCGAGUCUCCAAAGUGUGGGCAACGACCUUCAUCCCCGUUAUCUGGUUCGAGGUCGAUUUCGCAAUCCACCCUCGAUUCGCCGAACUUCCGCCGCUAACCAUCAGGAAGCAUGGACGCCUUAUCCAUAUCGUCAAGAAUGCAACCUCGCUCGCCCACGUCUCUGUCCUCACCAAUAUCAGGGUCGACCAACUGACAAGCCUCCACGUCGAAACGACCGCGUCUGUCCUGCAGUAUGCGUAUGCGUAUGAGGUUGUCUCGCGGAACAGUGCCAGUCUACAGAAUAUCCAUCUCUAUGCAGCGACCGUCCCUGCCAACAAGCGCAGUUCCUUGGCCCAUUUCGUGUCUGUCCCGGCAUUGAUUCCUUUCUCGGCCGCUUCGCUCGAGGUGACUAAGAGCUCGUCUGUCCUCAGGUCGUUGACGUUGUCCGGCCUCUGCUUGACAGGAAGCGGGUUCAUGUCGAUCCUUUUGGCGUCCCCUCUAUUGUCGGAACUGCGGUUGCUGAGCACGGAUGUUGUGGGGAUCUCGAACUGGACAUUCCGACACGCAGGCAUCAAGGUGUUUGUUUCGUGGCUCAAGAAUAUCAUCCGGUCUGAGGCAGUGAGAAGUGUCGAUGGGGUUUCUCUCCUAGCAUAUUUCCCUGCGCUCGAGGUCUUGCAUGUCAACGAUCAAGAGGGCCAGUUGACGGCUCUCUCUGCAAACAAGAUCAAGCGAGAUCUCACACGUUAUUGCCCAAAGUUGACUGUCUUUCACCUGCAGGACAAUACCGGCGCGAUCAUCCCCAAGUUCUGUUACAACGCGCCCAGUAACCUGACCGAGAUUGUCUACUUGUACGAGCACACGUCCCCAGAGGUGCUGACUUCGAUUCUCUUGCACCAGCAAUCGCUCAAGUCGGUUUCGGUCUUUUGUUCGGACAAUAUCUUUACUGCCAGCCGCCACGAAGUCGUCCCGGUCAGCGACCAUUUUGAGGCAUCGGGGCGUCUGUUGCAGCUGAUUCCGCGGGGGUGUCCGCAGCUGGAGGUCUUGUCGUUGCACCUGCAUGAGAUGGACAUGGACGAGGUCGAGAGGGGCGAGUGGGCGUGCAAGAAUUUGAAGACGCUGAGGGUUAGGAUCAAGGGGUUGGAUACGAAGAAGGCGAUCUCCAAGACUUUAUCGCAAUGGUAUGCGGGGCUGGUGACGACGUCUAAAGCGAGUUGGUCCGUGGCUACAACGGCCACGACCACUACCAAUAGCACUGGUGCUGAAGAUUCACAGGAUGCCGAUGAGCAUUGCGGUACUGCUGAAGGAGGUGGUAGUAUUGGUGAUGAUCGUGCUCUGUUUGUUGUUCGCAAGCGCGUCUCAUUCGUGACACCACUACAGCAACAUGGAGAUCGCCACCCUGUGAAGGAGCCCCCUCGAUCUCCCCAAGCUGAGGCGUAG